UUCUCUUUCUUUCCUGUCUCGUUCUAAUCUCCAUAUCCGUCUUACUCCAUCUUUCUUCUGCUCUCUCCUCUCUGAUAAAAGUCCAUCAAAAUGUGGUGGAAAAACGCAACCAUCUACCAAAUUUACCCGGCCAGCUUCCGCGACAGCAACGGCGACGGCAUCGGAGACAUCGGGGGCAUCCACAGCCAACUAGACUACAUCCAGAGUCUGGGCGUGGACGCGAUCUGGCUAUGUCCGAUGUACGACUCCCCGCAACACGACAUGGGCUACGACAUCUCGAACUACGAAGCCGUAUACCCACCGUACGGGAGCGUGUCAGACAUCGAGCAGCUGAUCAGCGCGUGCCACGCCCGCGGGCUACGCAUCCUGCUCGAUCUCGUCGUGAACCACACCUCCGACGAGCACGCGUGGUUCCAGGAAUCGCGAUCGUCGCUCUCCUCCGCCAAGCGGGACUGGUAUAUCUGGCGCCCUGCGCGGUACGACGCCGAGGGCAAGCGACGGGCGCCGAAUAACUGGCGGAGCUGUUUCGGCGGCAGCGCGUGGACGUGGGAUGAGACCACGGGGGAGUAUUACCUGCAUUUGUUUGCGACGCAGCAGCCGGACCUGAAUUGGGAGAAUCGGGAGACGAGAGAGGCCAUCUAUGCGUCCGCGAUGGAGUUCUGGCUGCGCAAGGGGAUCGAUGGGUUCCGGGUCGAUACGGCCAAUACGUAUAGCAAGGAUACGUCGUUCCCGGAUGUGCCGGUGACGGAUCCGCGGACGGAGUGGCAGUAUGCGUCGCAUCUGUUCUGUAAUGGGCCCCGCAUUCAUGAGUAUCUGAGGGAGAUGGCUGGGGUGUUGAGGAAGUAUGAUGCCAUGACGGUGGGGGAGUUGCCGCUGACGAAGGAUAUCGAGGAUGUGUUGGGGUAUGUCUCGGCGAAGGAGGAGAAGCUGGAUAUGGUGUUUCAGUUCGAUGUGGUUGACUUGGGAACGGGGGCCGAUAGGAGGUAUUCUGUUGAGCCGAGGAGCUGGACCCUCUCGCAGUUGAAGGAGAGGGUGCGCGCCACGCAGCGACUCAUGGAUGGGGAGUCGGAUGGCUGGAGUACCGCGUUCUUGGAGAACCAUGAUCAGGCGCGCUGUGUGUCGAGGUGGGGGUGUGAGCGGAAUGUGGAGUUGUGGGGGCAGAGCGCGAAGAUGUUGGCGAUGAUGGUGGCCAGUCUGUCGGGGACGCUGUUUGUGUACCAGGGCCAGGAGAUCGGGAUGGUCAAUGCGCCGGCGUCGUGGGGCGUGGAGGAGUAUAAGGAUGUGGAGAGCAGGAAUUACUAUGACUUUGUCAGGCAGACCUCGAAUGGCGAUCCGGUCGCGUUGGCUGCGGCCAGGACGGCCCUGCAGCAUCUGGCGCGCGACCACGCCCGCCUCCCCAUGCAGUGGGACGCCUCGCCGCACGCCGGCUUCACGGCCCCCGAUGCGACGCCGUGGAUGCGCGCUCAUGAUAAUUACCCGGAUGUGAACGUCAAGCGGCAGGCGUUGGAUGGACAGUCCGUGCUGUCGUUCUGGAAGAGGAUGCUGGCCGUCCGGAAGGAGUAUCCGGAUGUUUUUGCCCAGGGUGUCUUUGCGAAUGUUGACCGGCUGGAAGAUGAUGAUGAGAAGCUGUUUAUCUUUGAGAAGAGAGGGGAAGGGCGGAAGUUGUUGGUUGUUCUGAAUUUUACGGAGAGCGAGCAGGAGGCUGGGUUGGAGGCGAUGUUGGGGGGGAAGGGGAAGUUGUUGCUGAGCAAUACGGGGGAGGGCGAGAGUUUGCGUCUCCUGCGGCCGUAUGAGGGGCGGGUGUAUCUGGUAUAG